AUGACCUCAAAUAGACGCAAUCAUACUUCCACAAUCCCGGUGUAUACCGAGGGAUCUGCACCGGAUUGGGUGGAUGAGUGUGUGGCCGAAAGCUGGAUGCCUGUGCCCUUGAUCUCUGGCCACAUGAAAAGGCUCACGGAGAGUCAGUCGCGGGCCUGGAGUCUCUGCUUCAAUGCUCAGGGCUCGGUGCUCGGUCAAUGGGAAGGGCACUGCCCCACAAUUGCCACGGCGCCGUUCCAUCAUGGUGACUCCACGGGCACGCUAACCCUUCCUGGGCCGUGGGCGACCACUCACGUCUCGUUGCGUUAA